CCUCCCCCGAUCCCUGCUACCUCCCCGCACUAAAAAAAAAAAAAGAAUCAAGGAGAGCGCUCAUCCAAGCUGAGUGGACAGCCAGCCAGCCAAUCAGCUCCUUGCACAUUGGCUCUGUCAUCAGGCUUAGAUAUUGAGGAAGGAUCCACUGCUCUGCUGCUGCCGCCUCUGCUGCUCGUUGUGUAUAUGUAUAUGUGUGUGUCUGUGUGUGUGCGUGUGCGUGGAAGCCUGAUGAAAUGAAAUGCCAGGAUUGGGCUACCUUCAGGGAGAGCCUCUCCAUCCUAUAAUGUGAGCCGGCUAGCAGUACUGUAAGAUCAGGGAGAAGCUGCAUCCAUCAAGCGACGGGCCUCCAGAGGACCAGGCGAGAUCCAACUGGAGGGGAGAUUUUUUUUAUUUAUUUAUUAUUAUUCUUUGCUGUGGAGAAAAGGGAUUGUCGUCAUCCCCCCAUCCAUCCUUUUUUUUUUCUUUCUCUGUGGUGCCCCCUCCUUUCUCCUUCGCCUCCACUCUCAUUUUUCCCCCUCAUUCUUCUAGAGGCGCUCGUUGGAAUAUCAAACCUCCAUGUAUGACAAUUUGUACCUGCAUGGAUUUGAAGACUCGGAGGCGGGCUCAGCUGAUUCAUAUACUAGCAGACCAUCAGACUCAGAUGUCUCUCUGGAGGAGGAGCGGGAGGUGCAGGCCCAGGUCCAGAGCCAGAGCCCAAGCCAGAGCCAAGGACCGGGACAGAGCCGCCAAGAGAGGGAGCAGCAGGCCACCACUCAACUGGAGAGAGCCAAGACUAAACCUGUGGCCUUUGCUGUAAGGACCAACGUCAGCUAUUGUGGCGCACUGGAUGAGGAUGUUCCAGUACCAGCCACAGCCAUCUCCUUUGACGCUAAGGAUUUCCUCCAUAUAAAAGAGAAGUUCAACAAUGACUGGUGGAUCGGUCGGUUAGUGAAAGAGGGCUGUGAGAUCGGCUUCAUCCCCAGCCCUCUGAAGCUCGAGAACAUCCGGCUCCAGCAGGAGCAAAAGAGAGGACGAGUCCAAGGUAAGUCUGGAGGGAACUCUUCUUCCAGUGUAGAGGAUGAGGUUUCUGCCUCUAUCCGACCUCUCAUAUCCUCGGCAGGAAAGCAGAAACAGAAAGUGACGGAACACAUCCCCCCAUAUGAUGUGGUUCCCUCCAUGAGACCUGUAGUGCUGGUGGGGCCCUCGCUCAAGGGUUAUGAGGUAACAGACAUGAUGCAGAAAGCACUGUUUGACUUCCUCAAGCACAGAUUUGAUGGCAGGAUAUCUAUCACACGAGUCACAGCAGAUAUAUCAUUAGCCAAGAGGUCUGUUCUCAACAAUCCCAGUAAGAGGGCCAUCAUUGAAAGAUCCAACACUCGCUCCAGCUUAGCUGAGGUGCAAAGUGAGAUUGAGAGGAUCUUUGAGUUGGCCCGCUCCCUGCAGCUGGUGGUGCUGGACGCUGACACCAUCAACCACCCAGCCCAGCUCCUCAAGACCUCCCUGGCCCCCAUAAUUGUUCAUGUUAAAGUCUCCUCGCCAAAGGUUCUGCAGAGGCUAGUCAAGUCCAGAGGGAAGUCCCAGAGCAAACACCUGAAUGUCCAGCUUGUGGCAGCUGACAAAUUGGCGCAGUGUCCUCCAGAAAUGUUUGACAUCAUCCUGGACGAGAACCAGCUGGAGGACGCCUGUGAGCAUCUCGCUGAAUACCUCGAGGCCUACUGGAAAGCAACCCAUACCUCGAUGGCGACGCCUCUGAACCCCCUGCUGGGACGCAACCUGGGCCCCACCACCCUCACCCCCUACCCCACCAGCAUCUCUGGACUGCAGACCCAAAGAAUACGACAGAGCAACCACACGGGAGACCACUCUACCCCGAACGAACGACGCAACCUGAUGACAUCAGACGAAAAUUACCACAACGAGCGGGCGCACAAGGGACGAAACCGCAUUUCUUCUGGCUCACAGCAUAGCCGAGAGCAGCAGGACCCCUACCAGGACUACCAGGACCCCUAUCAGGAUGCAUACAAGCCACAUCGCAAUCGCAGUUCGCCGGGCAGCUACAGCCAUGACUCCCGGCACCGGCUCUGAGCCCACUUCUAUCAUCACCAGGGCCCAAAUGGCCCAGAUUCCAAAAUAAACGCUGCAACGGAGCCAAGACGGUCCCAAAUUGUACCUUUUUUUUUUGUUUCGGUUUGUGUUCAUUUGUUUUGUCUACCUGGCUAUUUUUCUCUUUAAAAGUCCAACAAAAUCACAUUCAGGUGUUUGUUUUUAAUCAACAGCGUGAGAAGUCAAGAGGUUCAUGAUGCCAAUGUUAACUAAUGCUUUAAAAUGAAUUCCUUUUAACGUUUUAUGUUUUAUGGGACCUUUUGGGAUUGUACUAACACAACGCUCAACAGACGUGCAGUGCAGAUUGUGCUUGUUGCCUGUGUCAGCAAGCUAAUUAUGGAUAGUGGUCAGAUGGUGAUGGUGUAUGGGCUUCUAAGUGCCUGGGACAUCGCACCAGGUCGGAGGGGAGUCCACUGCACACAGACUGCUGAAGGCUGCUGACCCAUACCCUGGGCCAUGUAUAAAUCCUCUCACCAUUUAGCUUAUUGCAUGCUGAUAGUUGAUCAACCUCCGCAUCCACUUCAUUGAUAUUUUGUACUUAGCAUUCUGGAUUCUCUUAUAAUGAGGUGUAGAUACGGAGGUCCAAUUUUCUAAAUCACCUGAUUGUGUGGAAAGGCGUAAGGUGGUAGGUUUGUGUGUGUGUGUGGGGGGGGUGCAGAUGAUAUCUGGCUGCUAGUUUUGAAAACUGGUGCUUCAUAUUCCCAAACUAUUUUGCUAUUUGAAAGUCACUUUGAGCAAGGCCAGCUUUUCUGUAGCACAGAUAUAGGAUUUCAUUUGGGUGAUGACCCUCACCGUCAUAAGCGGAGCAGAUUCUGAUGGUACUGGGAUCAGAUCUCAGUUACACUGUAGGAGAAGGCAAUACUGCUUCUGUUGUUAACAGCUAGCACUUAGAGAGUUAGAGCAGGCAAUAGCUAUGACAGUCUGUCAGAUAGUAUAGUGAAAUACAAUAGCAAAAUACUACUUGAGAUGCCGUUUGAUGUUGUUGAGAUGUGGACCAGCAUAAAAACCAAUGCAGUGAGAACCUUUUGAGCCAUUUGGAAUGUUCUCUUUGAUAUUUUGGGCCCUGCCAGCAUGAAGAAUAAGACUGGGAACAGUUUUUUAGUUUGAUAGACCACCAUUGAAGAGCAUCUGCUGUUGAAACUGCAGGUUGUUUUGCAUUUAUUAGCAUUGAAAUCAAAGUCGUAUAGCGUUAAAACAGGUACAGAUGGUGGUUAAGUCAUGCAAUUGGUACAUGGCCAUUGAAGUUCCUUCCUGUGAUUUUAGGGGAUUAAAGCAUUCAAUGUGUGACAUGGCAGGAUCGGUUGCAUCAUGUUCAUUCUCUGUGUAGCUGGCAUGUUGUCCUGACUGCAGAGCAUGUUCCCUCCAAACGUAAAAUAGAACCCUACUGUAAUCAAGUUGAUGUUUGUAGAAGUAUAGGGCACAUCUCUCCCAAAAAAAAUAAAACAAAAAAGAUGGCCCAGAUUACAGAUAAAUAAUAUCUCCGGAUCCCUGCGGUUUGUAACUCAAUACACUGAAACGGCUAAACAGAAAACUUUAAAUAUUAUGUCAUUCUGAAAGUAUUAAAUAGUUAAAGUGGAUUGCAUGACUCAAACGUGGAGUCGCCAUAAUAACAGUUUUCUAUUAAUUCAGAAUUAUGUUCGAAGGUAGAAAGUGAACUGUCUAACAGCCCUCACAAAAAGGUUAAUUAAAGCUAACAUGGACAAGAGUUUACCGAACCCACGUGGUACUUUGUAUGAAAGCAGAGAGCUGCUGUGGUUGCUAAUGUUUUUAAGGCUUGUUAUCGUUAUCAUAAUAUACUGUACAUAUCUUUUUCCUUUAAGAUAUUAAAUUAUCUUGUGAUUAGGACUUAAUUAUCUCAUCUCCAGAUAACAAACAGUUCUAGCUAGCCAAUUAUUGAAAUUAUUUAAAUUAAUAAUACAUUCGGCUAAAUAGAACAUUAAAUAGUUUUUUUGUCGUUGAUUAUCACAGGGCAAAGGUCUUCCACAAAGUCAUUCCUCCUGACCUUUCUGCGAGAAAGAGGCACCAGGAGAGAGUAAGCAACAUUUGUUAUCUUACGAGAGCCACAAGAACAUAAGUUGUUGUUUGAACAGUUUGUCAUGUGGAGAUAAUACAAUAAUGGGACUUUUUGGAUGCUGGUGGUUUCCAUAGAUUUUUCAAAGGGAGAUGAAAAACUGAGUAAAGUGUGUCAUCUGAUUUUAAGUGUUGUCCUGGCAGUGUGUCUUACUUAUGUACUGUAUAAUGAUGAACAAGCUUAUUUUCAGUUCUGACAGCGUGUUAGUUUGCCUUCACUAGAUGAUCCUUUCUAAUUCCACAAACAAAUCAAAUUGUUAUUUCCUUUACUCAUAUGGAGGACGAAACCUGACAUAAAUAAAUGAUAGAAGACUUCAAAUCAAAUACAUUUUGAAUUUAUUUGACAAAUGUCCUUCAAUCAAUCAAUCAAUCAAUCAAUCAAUAAAUCGAUCCAUGUGUUUCUAGUGGUAAAGUUUUUCCCAGGUUUCUUUUCUUCCUUCAUAUUGUGCCUCAACCAAGAAAGACGCAACAAAAAAAACACACUGCCAGGGAAUAUUUUUUAAAGGAAAAAAAAAAUCACAGUUAAACAAGCGAUUCAUUUCCUGAUUUGCUUUGAUAUCAGAAUUGUACAGUAUAACAGACCAUAUCUGUCAGAAGAGUUUUAUUCUUUGCCAUGUUUAGACAUUCCCUUCUAACAAACAUCAUGUACAGUAUAGUGACCGCUGCAGCACCAGAUUAGCUCGGCGUCUUGCAAACAGUGAAUGAA